CGAGCUCCCAGCGCCCGAUCCGGGCGUGGCGCAAAACGCGGAACCGGGCAGGACACGACGGAGCCGCGGGGCGCGAGCAUGCGCAGUGGCGGCUUUGGCGCAGGGAGGGCCCCGCGGCGUACGUCGACACGCAGACGUCGGAGCCCCGCGGGGAGGAGGGCGAAGACUCCAUCCGCCAUGUUGGAUGCCGCAGAUUCGCCAUAACCUCCCCGGCUCUUUUCUUAAAAAAAUAAAAAUAAAAAGCGAAGCGUUGAGGGGCCGCCCUGCCUGCUCGGUCGGCACGGGAGAGGGCCCGGAAGAGCCCGAGGCUUUUUUUUCCUCCGCGGUGUGGGCGUUGCCAUGGAGACGCGGGCGGCAGAAAACACGGCCAUCUUCAUGUGUAAAUGUUGUAAUCUUUUUUCGCCAAACCAGUCGGAACUACUCUCUCAUGUCACUGAGAAGCACAGGGAUGAAGGGGUUAAUGCGGAUGACAUCAUCAUUCCCCUGAGGCCACUGAGUACUCCUGAACCCCCCAACGCCAGCAAGACUGGAGAUGAGUUUUUGGUCAUGAAGAGGAAGAGAGGCAGACCUAAGGGCUCCACAAAAAAGCCCAGUGCAGAGGAGGAUUUGGCAGAAAGCACUGCAAGCCCCAGCGAGGAUGGGCAGCUGGCCCCAGAAGCAGGCAGCAGCCUGGAGCCCAGCAGCCUGGAGUGCAGCAAGUGCUGCCGCAAGUUCUCCAACCCACGCCAGCUCCGGAAGCACAUCUGCAUCAUCGUGCUGAACUUGGGCGAGGAGGAAGGAGAGGCAGGUAAUGAUUCAGACCUUGAACUAGAAAAGAAGUAUAAGGAAGACGAUCGAGAAAAGGCCCCCAAAAGACCUCGGUCCCAGAAAACAGAGAAAGUCCAGAAGAUCUCAGGAAAGGAGGCGAGGCAACUCUCUGGAGUGAAGAAACCCAUCAUCAGCGUGGUUUUAACAGCUCACGAAGCCAUUCCAGGGGCUACCAAGAUUAUUCCCGUGGAGGCUGGGCCGCCAGAAGCAGGAGCGGCCAGUCCUGAGACUGCUGCAGCUGACCUGGUGCCGCGGAGGGGAUACCAGGAGUACGCCAUCCAGCAGACGCCGUACGAGCAGCCCAUGAAGUCAAGCAGGCUAGGUCCCACCCAACUGAAAAUCUUCACUUGCGAGUACUGCAACAAGGUCUUCAAAUUCAAGCACUCUCUGCAGGCGCACCUGCGGAUCCACACCAAUGAGAAGCCGUAUAAGUGCGCCCAGUGCAGCUAUGCCAGCGCCAUCAAGGCCAACCUCAACGUGCACCUGCGCAAGCACACUGGCGAGAAGUUCGCCUGCGACUACUGCUCUUUCACCUGCCUGAGCAAAGGCCACCUCAAGGUGCACAUUGAGCGGGUGCACAAGAAGAUCAAACAGCACUGCCGCUUUUGCAAGAAGAAGUAUUCCGAUGUCAAGAACCUCAUCAAGCACAUCCGAGAUACUCAUGACCCACAGGACAAGAAGGUCAAGGAGGCCCUGGAUGAGCUCCGCCUUAUGACAAGGGAGGGAAAGCGACAGCUGCUCUACGACUGUCACAUCUGCGAGCGCAAAUUUAAGAAUGAGCUGGACCGGGACCGCCACAUGCUGGUCCAUGGUGACAAGUGGCCCUAUGCUUGUGAGCUCUGUGGCCAUGGGGCCACCAAGUACCAAGCGCUGGAGUUGCACGUGAGGAAGCACCCCUUCGUGUACGUGUGUGCCGUUUGCCUCAAGAAGUUUGUCAGCUCCAUCAGGUUGCGCUCCCACAUCAAGGAGGUGCAUGGAACAGCCCAGGAGGCGCUGAUCUUCACCAGUUCCAUCAACCAGAGCUUCUGCCUCCUGGAGCCAGGAGGCGACAUCCAGCAAGAAGCCCUGGGAGACCAGCUGCAGCUGGUGGAAGAAGAGUUUGUUUGCCAUGCGGUAGAUGCACUUAAAGUGGAGGCCGGUCCUGAAGGUGCUCGUUGUGAAGAGGACCAGAAGGAGCUGGACGUCCCUGUGGAGCUGCCUGCCCCCGAAGUGCCCUUGGCCAGCCCCCAGGCUGAAGGUGAGGCCCUGAUGCCCUGCGAGCUGGAGACCACUGUGGUCUCAGCAGACCUGCACUCUCUUGCUGUGGUUUCUGAUGAUUUUUUAUUAAAAAACGAUACCUCCUCCACUGAGGCUCGUGCUGGUGCCGAGAAGAACUUGCACACUCAGCAUGGAGGCUCAGCCCAGACUCAGGGUGAAGAAAUCAUGCUGCUCCUGUCCAAGACCAAAAGUGCUGGGUCCAGCCCAGUGGCUCAGAGUGCAAAGGGCCCCUCAAGUGAAGGCCAGGAAGUGACUGCCCUCCCAGCCCAUGAAGCUGAUCCCAGCAGAUGUCUCAGGCCAAGCCCAGCUGAGGCCUCAGAGCUUCUUCCUCUGGUGGCCAAUGAGGGGGACACUGAUGUGCACCAGCCCGACUCUUGUAAACCUGCCUCCGAGCACCAGCCUGGUAGCACUGCAUUCAUGAAGGUGCUGGACAGUUUGCAGAAGAAGCAGAUGAACACUGGCCUGCGCGAGAGGAUCCGGAAGGUUUAUGGAGACCUGGAGUGUGAAUACUGUGGCAAACUUUUUUGGUACCAAGUGCACUUUGACAUGCAUGUCCGCACCCACACCCGAGAACAUCUGUAUUAUUGCUCCCAGUGUCAUUACUCUUCCAUCACCAAAAACUGCCUUAAACGCCAUGUAAUUCAGAAACACAGUAACAUCUUGCUGAAGUGUCCCACUGACGGCUGUGACUACUCGACUCCAGAUAAAUAUAAGCUACAGGCACAUCUUAAAGUUCAUACAGAGCUGGACAAAAGGAGCUAUUCUUGUCCUGUGUGUGAAAAGUCUUUUUCAGAAGAUCGAUUGAUAAAGUCCCAUAUCAAGACCAACCAUCCUGAGGUCUCCAUGAGCACCAUUUCCGAGGUUCUUGGGAGGCGGGUGCAGCUGAAAGGGCUGAUUGGAAAGAGAGCCAUGAAGUGCCCGUACUGCGAUUUCUAUUUCAUGAAGAACGGCUCCGACCUUCAGCGUCAUAUCUGGGCUCAUGAGGGUGUGAAGCCCUUCAAGUGUUCUUUGUGUGAGUAUGCGACUCGCAGCAAGAGCAACCUCAAGGCUCAUAUGAAUCGUCACAGCACCGAGAAGACUCAUCUGUGUGACAUGUGUGGCAAGAAAUUCAAAUCAAAAGGGACGUUGAAGAGUCACAAGCUCCUUCACACGGCUGAUGGAAAGCAGUUCAAGUGCACAGUGUGUGACUACACAGCAGCCCAGAAGCCACAGUUGCUGCGCCACAUGGAGCAGCAUGCUUCCUUCAAGCCUUUCCGCUGUGCUCACUGCCAUUACUCCUGCAACAUCUCUGGCUCCCUGAAGAGGCACUACAACCGGAAACACCCCAGCGAGGAAUAUGCCAAUGUGGGCAGCGUGGAGCUUGCAGCAGAAGCACUCAUCCAGCAAGUUAUAGCUGAUGUUAUUCCAGCAGCAGAAACUCCUGAGGAGCCCUCCACGCAGUAUCUCCACAUCACAGAGGCUGAAGAAGACGUUCAGGGGACUCAGGCAGCUGUGGCCGCCCUCCAGGACCUGAGAUACACCUCUGAAAGUGGUGACCGUCUCGAUCCCACAGCUGUGAAUAUACUGCAGCAGAUCAUUGAACUGGGCACUGAGACUCAUGAUGCCACUGCUGUAGCCUCAGUAGUUGCCAUGGCGCCUGGGACAGUUACUGUGGUAAAACAGGUCACUGAGGAGGAGCCCAGCUCCAACCACACACUCAUGAUCCAGGAGACCCUCCAGCAAGCCUCCGUGGAGCUGGCGGAGCAGCACCACCUGGUGGUGUCCUCUGACGACGUGGAGGGCAUCGAGACAGUGACUGUGUACACGCAGGGUGGGGAGGCCUCAGAGUUCAUCGUCUACGUGCAGGAGGCCGUGCAGCCCGUGGAGGAGCAGGCGGGGGAGCAGCCAGCCCAGGAGCUCUAGAAGACCGCAGCCUGACCGAUGCAUAGGACAGACUGCUGGCCACCUGGGGCGGGAGACCACCCAGCCCCCUGCCUGGACAGUGGCACCAUCCUCUGCACUCCUAGCCCAGUGGCCCAGGUGGGACUCUCCCUACCACUGCUUGAGUGGCCAGGACGACUACGUCACCAGCAACACAGGACCUGGGAUCCAGCACCGACUCUCAGGCUCACUGCCCUUGUGCUGUGGCAUCUGCUUCGGAAGGACCUUUGCACCAGCCCAUCUGCCCUGUGUCUCCCUUAAUUCCAGACUGUGAGGCUGUCCCCUUGCCAUCUUCCCAGAGUUGCAGCCCCAGCCCUGGCCCCACCCACUGCCCAGCCUUGUCUGGGCCCACUGCAGGCUGGUAAAAAGGAGAUGGCCGUCACACGCAAGUGACCUUAUGGCUCGUGAGAGGCGCUGGGGGGUGAGACUGCCCUGGCUCGCUCCCGGAGUCCCACUCUCCUCAAGGCCAGGGAGCUUGGGAUCAGGUGAGGCAGACACCUGUCCUCUGUCACAAGGCCCCAGCUUGCCAUUCUAGGAUUCUUUGGCUUCUUAAUGCACUUUUACCUUUUGCCUGCCAUUCCCAGAGGUGAUGGGGGUGGAAUAAAAGAGUCCCUUGCCUUUG